AUGGCUCCUGCGAGGAUCGGCGUCGUCACUGGCGCAAACAAGGGCAUCGGCUUGGCCAUCGUCCGUCAACUGGCGCUUCAGUACCCAAUGUCACACAUUGAGAACGGCUCAUUUUUGAUCUAUCUGACCUCCCGCGACGACAUCCGCGGCAGAGAAGCUGUCGCAUCUCUAGAACAGGAACUCCUGAAAUCUAGGGUCCUGGCUACAGAAGGGGGAACCACUGAAAUCAAGCAUCAUCAACUGGAUAUCUCCGACUCGGAAAGCAUUGAGACGCUUGCAAACUUCCUUAGCAAGGAGCACCCAGAUGGCAUUGAUUUCGUCAUCAAUAACGCCGGUAUUGCCCUCGAGGGCUUCAGUAACACCCUGGAGGCCACGCGUGCCUGGAUCCCCACCCUCAAGUCCGAUGGCCGCAUCGUCAACGUGGCCUCCAUCUCCGGCGCGCUAAACAAGUACUCCCGCAGCAUCAGGGACCGUUUCAUUGACGCAAAGGCCGUCGAUGAUGUCACGAAUCUCAUGGAAGAGUUCACAGCUGCCGUUGCGAAGGGUACGCAUGAGGCUGACGGAUGGCCCAGUGCUGCGUAUGCCGUGUCGAAAGCUGGCGAGAUCGCGCAGACGAGGGCGAUUGCGAAGGAAUUGAAGGACGACGGCAGCAAGAUUCUCAUUAACUCUUGCCAUCCCGGCUGGGUCGUGACUGAUAUGACCAAGGGCAAGGGGACGAAGACGGCCGAUCAGGGAGCGCAGACGCCGGUCCAACUGGCGAUUGAGGAUAUUGGCGGCAAGUCCGGCACGUACUGGUCUGACGAGAGGGAGGUUGACUGGACUGCUUGA